UUCCCUUCCGCUAAGGAGCAGGAUUCCAGCAUGGCGACUACCAAGCCUCCGAAGCGGAAAGCUCCGAGGUACUACGAGGGGGUAGAUGAGAAGAAGCCGGCACAAGAUGAACAGAAGAAGAAGAAGAAGAUGAUGGGGGUUGUAGUAAAACCAAAAGCAAAUCAAGCACGAGGGAAGAAGAAGCCCCAGAAGAAAGGUGUCACCACAGGGAAAAUACAGGGAGAUAAGAAGAGGAUGGGGGUUGUAAUAAAACCAAAAGCAAAUCGAACACAAGGGAUGAAGAAGCCCCAGAAGAAAGGGGUCACCACAGGGAGGAACCACAAGGAGGGAGAUAAGAAGAGGAUGGGGGUUGCAGUGAAAUGGAGAACAAAUCAAGCACAAUGGAAGAAGAAGCCCCAGAAGAAAGAUGUCGUCACAGGAAAAAUGCAGAGGAACUACAAGGAGGGAGAUAAGAAGAGGAUGGGGGUUGUGGUGAAACGGAGAACAAAUCAAGAAGAAUGGAAGGAAAAGAAUAACCAGAAGAAAGAUGUGAUCUCAGGGGCAACAGAUCCCUUCCCCGGCCUCCCCUCCAUGCCAGAAGACCAGUUAACGAAAUACGAGAGAGCGAGGAAAGCGGAGCAGGUUAUGGAUACCUUUCCAAAUGUCAAGGAGCGUUUAAAGCGUGAGGAGUCAAAGGUGCAGAGCGCGGUGAGCCAGGCGGCGAGACACGACCUGUUACUGCCGGAGGAGGAAGGGUUUCUGGAAGGCGAUGAAGGGGAGGACACGAGCACCAUCACCCAGCAGGACAUAGCCGAGGUGGUGGACAUUACAAGCGCGUCAAAGCAUUUUAACCUCACCCUCAACCAGUUUGGCCCUUACAGAAUCAACUACUCUCGGAACGGAAGGCACCUUCUCCUGGCCGGCCAGCGGGGUCACGUCGCCUCCAUGGAUUGGCAUACUAAGAAACUUAACUGUGAGAUGAAUGUGAUGGAAACAGUCAACGAUGUCAGGUGGCUGCACACUCACGCCAUGUUCGCCGUGGCUCAGAAGAAGUGGCUGUAUAUAUACGACAACCUGGGCGUGGAGCUGCAUUGCAUCAAGAAGUUUAAUGACGUUCUACGUAUGGAGUUCCUGCCGUAUCACUUCCUGCUCGCCACGUGUAGCGCCGCAGGCUUCCUGCAGUACUUGGAUGUCUCUGUGGGAAGAGAAGUCGCCGCCACUUGUGUGAAAGCGGGGAGGCUGAGCGUCAUGUGUCAGAACCCGCACAAUGCCGUCGUCCACCUGGGGCAUCACAAUGGCAGCGUCUCUCUGUGGAGUCCUUCCAUGAAGGAGCCUCUAGUUAAGAUGUUGUGUCAUGGGGGAGCCGUCCGGGCCCUGAGCAUUGACAAGACCGGAAUGUACAUGGCGUCUUCAGGCACAGACAGGAAGCUGACAAUCUUCGACCUUCGAACUUACCGUCCUCUGACAUCAUGUCUUCUGCCCCUUGGUGCAGGGUCUCUGUGCCACAGUCAGAGAGGGCUGCUGGCUGCAGGAGUUGGUAACGUAGUACAGGUUUAUAAAGACACGCACCUCACUGCUCCGCGCUCUCCAUACAUGUGCUUCUCUGUGAAAGCCCCAAUCCACGGGCUGCAGUUCUGCCCCUAUGAAGAUGUCCUGGGUAUUGGUCAUGGAGGAGGGUUCACCAGCAUGAUUGUGCCAGGUGCGGGUGAAGCAAACUUUGAUGGUUUGGAAUGUAACCCCUAUGAGACCAAGAAGCAGCGACAGGAAUGGGAGGUCAAAGCUCUACUGGAAAAGAUUCAGCCUGAGCUCAUCACUUUGGAUCCCACUCAGCUUGGAGAAGUAGAUGCCAUCACCAUGGAUAAGAAGCGCCAGGAACAAGUGGAGCGGAUGGGUUUCGACCCCUAUGAGAAGACUCGCUUUGUUCCUCGCCAUAAAUUAAAAGGACGGAGCUCCACUGGGAAUUUGCUGAAGCGCAAGAAGAAAGUGGCUCACGAGGAGAAGAGGGCGGAGAUCCGGAAGAGCCUACAAGAACGAGAUAAGGCGAAAAGGAGCGAUACAACGAAGGUCCAGCCGGGUCAGAGGUCAGCCCUGGAUCGGUUCAAGAAGUGACCACUCCGUGUCUGCAGAAGACGUCUUCUUGGGCCCUUGUGGUGUCCGUGCUGUUCAGGAACUUUUGUAGUGGAGAUGGGAUGGACGCUCCACCUCGCCCCUCUGUACAUAUAAAAAUCACAGAAGAGAAAUACUUCUAAAAUUUAACUUUUUACUAAAUGCGUUUUAAGAUUUGAACACAAAAACCCGAAAAUAAAUUGUAAAUAAUUA